AUGGUCUAUGAGGCAAAACCUUUCGACCCUAUUGUGUUGAAGGCAAAUGACAAGAAGCGAGUAGCGUAUUUCUAUGAUGCUGAUGUAGGUAAUUAUGCCUACGGUGCUGGUCAUCCGAUGAAACCCCAUAGAAUAAGAAUGACGCACUCGCUAAUCAUGAACUAUGGUCUCUACAAGAAAAUGGAAAUCUAUCGCGCGAAGCCAGCGACCAAGCAGGAGAUGUGCCAAUUUCACACUGACGAGUACAUUGACUUUUUGUCACGGGUGACGCCGGACAACUUGGAUAUGUUUCAAAAGGAGAGUGUUAAGUUCAACGUGGGUGACGACUGUCCUGUUUUCGACGGACUUUAUGAGUACUGUAGUAUAUCCGGAGGUGGAUCGAUGGAAGGUGCAGCCCGUUUGAAUCGCGGUAAGUGCGAUGUUGCCAUAAACUAUGCCGGUGGUCUCCAUCACGCGAAGAAGUCCGAGGCCUCAGGUUUUUGUUACCUCAAUGAUAUUGUUCUCGGUAUCAUCGAGUUACUGAGGUACCACCCGCGUGUGCUGUACAUUGAUAUCGAUGUACAUCAUGGAGACGGCGUUGAAGAAGCGUUCUAUACGACCGAUAGGGUCAUGACUUGCUCAUUCCACAAGUAUGGAGAAUUUUUCCCCGGUACAGGUGAGCUACGAGAUAGUGGAGUUGGCAAAGGCAAGUAUUAUUCCGUGAAUGUACCUCUUAGGGACGGGAUAGACGAUGCGACAUACAAAUCUGUUUUUGAACCUGUCGUCGGUAAAAUCAUGGAAUGGUACCAACCUUCGGCGGUCGUGCUACAAUGCGGCGGUGACUCGUUGUCAGGUGAUCGUCUCGGGUGCUUUAACUUGUCUAUGCGGGGACAUGCGAAUUGUGUCAACUACGUCAAGUCUUUUGGUAUUCCUAUGCUUGUUGUAGGCGGAGGGGGUUAUACGAUGCGUAAUGUUGCGAGGACGUGGGCCUUUGAGACAGGUGUUUUGAAUAACGUGAUUCUCGAUGACGAAUUACCUUACAACGACUACUACGAGUACUAUGGGCCAGACUACCAGCUUGACGUGAGACCAUCCAAUAUGUUCAACGUGAAUACACCGGAAUAUCUGGACAAGGUUCUUCUCAGCAUUUUUUCCAAUCUAGAAAACACCAAAUAUGCACCUAGUGUUCAGCUCAAUAAUGUGCCGAGAGAUUUAGAGGAUUCUGGUGAUGUUGAGGAAGACACGGACAUGGCAAAGGACACACGAGGCGGCUCUCAAUACGCAAGGGAUUUAAUUGUCGAAAAUGGCAAUGAGUUUUAG